UAUCAAAUGUGUCUACUUUAUUCUGUUGGUUAUUAGUAUUAUGACGCAAAGGAACGGAAGAGUCGUGUUUUACUGGGAGAAAUUAAUCGAAUUUAUCUUUUACAUUCAAGUGUUAUCAUUAAAUUAUUGCGGACGCUCGUAGACGCUGGAGUAUUUAUCGCACGUGCUUAUGUGUUUAUCUUUUUACUAUUGAACUCUGUUAAAUAACAACAGUAUAAAAGUAGAUAGUGGUUUUAUGGAAAGAAUAAUGAUUCCAACAACGAUAAAAGCGUGUUUUCAGACUUUGUUCAUUGUUGUCUUAUCACAAAUUGCAAAUGGGCAAGAUCGAAAGAUAACAUACAAAUUCAACCCAGGCUGCGAUGCGUGUGUUGACGAAAACAACACCCUAGUGUACACACGAGCACAAGGCUCCCACGAUACCGUCCACCAAAUAUGGGACUUCACAGCUGGAUCCCCCACAGUGAUCCUGUCCGUGGCCGGAGUCAAUUCUACACUGAACAUUACAUGGGAUGGCACUGUACCGUCCAGAUUCAAGUUUUCUGAGACCCCAAAGUAUAGUUUUGCAACUGCUAUUGAUAAGAUAUACGAAUACAACGACCUUCAAGACGCGGGGUACAUAGACGCGCGUAGCUCGCGCCGGGUGGUGCCGCUGCGACAUGUCUCGUGGCGGCUCGCGACCGACGUACGGACGGAUGACGAGGUCAUGGUGCUCAUGAGGGGACACCUGAGGAGCGAGCACAGGCAUGGAACGAUCGAUGUUAAGCUAGAUCUAAUCCCGUUCAAGGACUACGCAGUGGACCUCCCUCAUCUGAUCCAUACGGCUAACUCCACGCUCGCCGAUAUUAGCCUCGUGAACCUGACGGCGUCGCGAGACUACAAUUCGUCACGGUUCGCGCUGCGAGUGUUACUGGCCAGUGUGGAUGACAGUAACGAUACGAUGCGCUAUGCUAUGCGCAAGAGUCUGGAUGACGAACACACGCCUGGGGUCUUUGAGAUAAUAGAGAUCAAAUCUCCCGAGUCGGCUCGGAGCGGCGACGGCGGCUUCCUGCAGUUCCGGCCCGUGGCUUACACCACGCCAGAGCGCGGCGUCACCACCUCUACGAUAGUGCACGUGUCCGCUUUCAACAGGACGUCAAUCCCCAAAGGCAGCACGUUGGAGACGUUCUUCCGUCACGCCGAUGCCAGCCGCCUGCUGCUGCAGGACUUGCUGGUGUCCUUCGGCGAGGCCGGCGACGGGUUCUACGAGAAGCACAACUACACUUCUUGGUCGUUCACGGUGGGCUACGGCGCGCCUCCCCUAGAAGGCUUCUCGGCCUUCGUGAUCGGCAUCAUCUGCGUGGGGUUAGGGCUGCCGGUGGCGCUGGCGGCGUCGGGCGCGGUUUAUGCGCUGGUGCGCCGACGCCGCGCCGCGCCGCGCCGGUUGCUGGACGACGAAUGACCUUAUAGCUUCAGCGCGCUGAGGGAGCAUGACUGAUGUUUUCAGAGCCACCAUCGCAAAGUCAACCAAUAACAUGUUACUGUAGGAAACCGAUGCCUUCUUACAAUUUUCCCAACAUUUUACAUCAUGGAUUCAAUUGAAAUCGUCCCGCCCGCGCCCUUAGAAAAAUAAACUUUUAGCUUAGUUGUUCACAGAAUACAGGUAAUGAUUGGCUCAAAGAUGGACUGCGUAUUGGUCUAAAACAGUGGUUCUUAACCGGUGGUCCGCGGACCACUGGUGGUCCCUGGAGGCAUUCCAAGUGGUCCGCGAAAACAUCGUAAUAAACAAGUGACGUGACGUGAUGAGUCGAGUCAACACAACGCAAACGGCGCACAGUGGGCGAGAAAUCGACCUCCCCUUUCAUAGGAUUUUGAAAAAAAAGUGGUCCCUGACAAGACAGAAAUUUGGUAAAAUGGUCCCUCGUGACUUAAAGGUUAAGAACCACUGGUCUAAAAGGACCCCUACCAAAGUACAUAAUAUAUUGGGGAGGAACUUAAGAACCAAUGGAAAUGCAAGAUAGACGCAUGGCACCAAAUUAAUUAUAUUAUUACGGUGUACAUAAUAUUUGAAUUGAGUUUGAGUUGGAUGGUAUUAUUCAUUUUUUGCAACUUAACUGCAUCCUAAAAUUUUAUAGCACUUAACCAAAGUGUUCUCAAUAACAACAAGAACCUUUUACAUAACAGCGUCUUAGAGAGCACGAUUUUAAUUUUAAUUGACCAUAAACAAACCAGAGACAGUUUACGUUUGAUUAGAUAUUCGUUUUAGUGAAAUUUAAAUUAAUUUAGACUGUAAUUCAAUGAUCUGUGUAAUUUAAAUAUGAAUAUACAGGGUGAUAGAUUAAACGUAGAAAUAACUUCUAGAGGUGAUCCUAAUUACUUUACUA